AUGAAUCAGCUAGCAAAUUGAAGUUAGAUAUGGAUGACUUUUGGGAGAAUAUCUGGAGGGGUUAACACUAUCUAAAGCGGACUAGGUCGCCGGCACAACAGUUGAAUCUUCGUCGUGAAACUGCAUUAAUUGCAGAAUGGUGCACUUGUGUCCUCCCUCCCCUAUUGUUCACCCUCUCUACUGACUGAUGGGUGACAAGCUGCAAGUUAAAUCACGUUGAUUGGCAUUCGCGCAGGGCUCUUGUAUUUCACCAUUGGGGUUGCCCAACAGCUCAGUAUCAAUAAGCAGCCAAAGACCAGCAGCGCCAGAUAGCAGCCAUGGCUUCUUGGAAUUCAGGUCCACUCCAAGUCACGUACCAAGUUCUGGGUUGGUCCUCUUUCUUCUGCUGGUCUGUCGCCUUCUACCCUCAAGUCAUCUUGAAUCUUCGAAGGAGAAGUGUUGUAGGGCUCAACUUUGAUUUUGCCUUGUUCAAUCUGACGAAGCACUCUUCCUAUCUCAUCUACAACGCUUCUAUGUACUUCAGUUCCGUUAUUCAGAAGCAAUAUUUUGAGGAAUAUGGUUAUGGAGAGAUGAUACCUGUGGCGGUAAAUGAUGUUGCUUUCUCAGCCCAUGCUGUGCUAAUCGUCGUAAUUAUCUUGUUUCAAAUUGUGAUCUAUGAACGUGGAACUCAGAAAAUCUCCAGACUUGCCAUCGGAAUUGUCUCUGUAGUAUGGCUUACUGCUGCAGUUUGUUUCUUCAUAGCUUUGCCUACACACUCCUGGCUUUGGCUCGUCUCCCUCUUCAACACAAUCCAAGUAUGCAUGACAGCCGUAAAAUAUCUUCCACAGGCAAUCAUGAAUUUUAAGAGAAAGAGUACGGAUGGUUUCAGCAUUGGUACCAUUAUGCUUGAUUUUUCUGGAGCCAUAUUAAACUACGGACAGAUGGUUGUGCAGUCCAUAGAUCAAGGUUCUUGGGCCAGCUUCUAUGGGAAUGCAGGAAAAAUGACUCUCUCUCUGGUAUGCGUAUUCUUUGACUUAAUUUUCAUAUGUCAACGUUUCGUGUUAUAUCCUGCCAAGAAAGCUUUUAAAUCUGUGGCUUCUGUGAAACCUGAGGAUGAAAUCGAAGAGCAUCUUUGUGCGGUACUCCGAUGAACCAGCAGUUAUAGAGAAUGCAUGAAGCAUUGAUUUACUUCAUAACUGAUUGUGUCAUCAAAUAGGUGUUUUGUUUUUAACUUUCCAUGCACCAGGAGAACCAUCCAGCUUGGUCUCCUCUUCUAUUCUAUUAUUUUCAAGAAUGAUCCUAUGAUUCUUCCUCUUGUGAAUGCUGUAUAUUUUCAUUCAAGCAUCAUCCCUACGAUUCCUCCUAUAA